GGCGCCGGCUUGGCUGAGGAAGCUGGACCCCGCUUGCAGUCAUAAAGAAGGUGCAAAAAGACGGGCAGGGGAGAGUGACGGACGUGCCCAGUGCUUAGCUUCCUGAGGCGGUGUUAGCACAGCCGGGACUGAUGGCUUUGUGCCCAGGCUGGAGAGCAUUUGCAUUGUUUCCCUUUAACCGCUGUGGUGUCCUUCGGAAAGCUGUGAGAAGCACUGGUCUUCCCUUGUUUCUCUGGGGCCACUGCCCCUGGAGAGGAACUGGAAGCUUCAUGGACCCCGAGAUGAAAGCCUUCCUGGAGGAGCACACUGAAGUCACCAGAAGUGGCAGCCUCACCCCUGAAAUCCAGUUGCGGCUUUUGACUCCCAGAUGCAAGUUCUGGUGGGAGAGAGCAGACUUGUGGCCCCACAGCGAUCCUUACUGGGCAAUCUACUGGCCUGGAGGCCAGGCCUUGUCUAGGUAUCUUUUGGAUAAUCCUGACGUUGUCAGAGGAAGAUCUGUGUUAGAUAUUGGGAGUGGAUGUGGGGCUACAGCUAUUGCUGCUAAGAUGAGUGGAGCUUUGAGGAUCUUGGCCAACGACAUAGACCCUAUUGCAGGAAUGGCUAUUACACUAAAUUGUGAAUUGAACCGACUGAAUCCUUUUCCUGUUUUAACCAAAAACAUUUUGGAUUUGGCACAAGAUAAGUGGGACCUUGUUUUGCUUGGAGAUAUGUUUUAUGAUGAAGACCUUGCAGACAGUCUUCAUCAGUGGCUGAAGAAUUGCUUUCAUGCCCACAGAACUCGAGUACUGAUUGGUGAUCCUGGACGACCCCAGUUCAGUGGACACAGCAUUCAGCAUCAGCUGCUCAAAGUGGCAGAAUACUCACUUCCAGAGCCUACUAGGCAGGAAAACAAUGGACUGACAACAAGCACAGUGUGGGAUUUUCAGCCUUGAGUUGUUGAAGUACUUCCAUAUGGACAGAGCCAUGUUUGAGUUUAACCCUAAAAAGACUCCAGUUCAAAACAGACAAUUUGUGUUAAAUGGCAGAUCUCAGUGCCAAAAUUUGAAGGUUUACGUUUUGUCAGCCUUUGUCAUAUAACUUGUUCUGCAUUAAGCCAAAUAGAGAAAUCUCUGUCAUUUUUUUUUCUAGUUUUUCUGCUACAGGAAUAUAAUUAUUGAAGGCAGUACUCAAUAGGUAACCACAUGUAAUUUAAGCAGCAGAGAGGAAUUAGAUAUUUUAGCAGAGUCUAUUUCUAUGGUUGAGGACAGCUACAGUGUAUCUUUGAAUUAAACAAAACACAAAAUACAGAAGAAUACUAUAUUAAAAAAAUUAUCUGUAAAGAUCAGAGAUGCAGUUAGUAUGGUACAGAGUACAUGGGCUUUGGAGUGAGGCCACUCUUAGUGGAUCUCUAGUUGGGAUUUGGGGCUAGUUAAGCUCUCAGAGCUUUAAUUUCUUCACCUAUGAAACAGUAAUAAAAUUUAAUAAACUGUA